GACCAGGUUUCGCAGCCAUACACCUCCGCCAUGGCUUCCUCAGCGAACCAACAGCAACCCUUCCCGACUGUGCCUCCAUCUAUGUCCGCUGGCGAGAAUCAUGAGAUGCGAGACUACUACCCACCGCAAGAUGCACCACGACCUACAAUAAACCAGACACCAAACUUCAAACCAUACCUCGGCCUUCGAGCUAGGCUCUCACAGAUAUGGAUCAAUCGCUGGACGAUUCUACUACUCCUAGUCCUUGUGCGACUACUUUUCGCCAUCGCAAGCACUAAUUCAAGCCUUACUUCCGCCCGCCGUGAAGCCCUCAGUGCUUGCACCCAAGUCGAGAACAUCGGCAGCUCCAUGGCUUCCAUGCCACACUACAUGUCCAAGGGCAUCAACGAAAUGACUGCCUCUGGAAUCGACAAGGCAGUCAGCGGCCUCAUGGCAAUGUUGGAGAUGAGUGUCACGGGUAUCGAAGAAAUCAUCCUCUUCGUCAUUCACAUGAUGACAAGUACAUACCUCUGCCUCAUCACCCUGGCCGUUAGUGGCAGCCUCCACGCAGCUGUCGAACUUGGCAACGAAAUCAAUAAGAAAUUGGACGAGACCAUCAACGAGGUCACCGACGAUAUGGGCAAUGCAGUCAAAUCUGUCACUGAUGGAAUCAACUCCGUCAUGAGCAAAAUCAACAUCAACCUACCCGGGUUCAACAAGCCAAGCAUCAACCUGGACCAACAGAUUACCAAGUUGAAGGCACUCGAACUACCCCCUGAAAUGCAGCAAGGUCUUCAAAAGCUCAACCAGUCGAUUCCGACUUUUGCCGAAGUCCAGAACUUCACGGACAACAUCAUUCGCACACCUUUUGAAGAAGUAAAGAAGCUCAUCAAGGGCAUGGACACGUUCGAGUUUGACCGCAAACUGCUCCCCGUACCGCAGAAGGAAACGCUCAACUUCUGCUCCGAAGGCAACUCUAUCAACGACUUCUUCGAUGAUCUCAUCGAGAUGGCCUACAAUGCACGGAAGAUUGCCCUCGGUGUACUCAUCGUUGCCGCCAUCAUUGUUUGCGUUCCGAUGGCUUGGUUGGAAACCCGCCGUUACCGGAGGAUGCAGGAGCGCGCUGCGCUUUUCGCAGAAGGUCACGAUGGACUGGACGUUGUCUAUCUCGCCUCCCGCCCAACCUCCUCCGGCAUCGGCUUGUGGUUUGGUAAGCGUUUCGGCUCAGCUCGUCGACAAGCUGUCAUGCGCUGGGCCUGGGCUUACGCCACCUCUGUUCCAAUGCUGUUCCUACUCUCUCUGGGUCUCGCAGGCCUUUUCGCUUGCUUCUGCCAAUACCUUUUGUUGAAAGCUAUCGAAGACAAGGCUCCCCAACUCACGAACCAGGUUGCCAACUUCGCCGAGAAAGUCGUCAAUUCGCUAAACAAUGCGUCCAUGUCCUGGUCUGGCGGCGUCAACGGCGCCGUCGGCAAGCUAGACGAUAAAAUCAACGACGACCUCCUCGGCUGGGUGAAUAGCAGCACGACUGCAGUCAAUGACACCCUCAACGGCUUCGUGAAUGAGAUGAGCAAGACUCUAAAUGACACGUUCGGCGGAACUGUCUUGUAUGACCCGAUUAAAGAAGUGCUCAACUGUUUGAUCGGACUGAAGAUCGCUGGUUUUCAGAAAGGUCUCACCUGGGUUCAAGAGCACGCACACGUCCGGUUCCCGGGCGUUGCUAACGACACGUUCUCUCUCGGCGCCCUUGCUGAGAAGAGCGACUCAGACUCAGCCGCCGCACUUCUUGCUAAUCCAAACGGGAAAGCAAAGGAUGAGAUUACCGAAGCUGUCCAACACGUUAUCGAGAAGCUCAUGAGUGGCAUUCAAACCGAAGCGCUCAUUUCCACCACAAUAAUUCUCAUUUGGCUCUUCAUCGCCAUUGGUGGCCUCGUCUACGCUUCGACUCAUCUCUUCCGCCGUGACGACCCAGAAAUGGGAAGAAAUCCCUACGUCAUCGACCCUGCCAUUGAUAGCGAUGCCAAGCCUGCUCAAGACUACCAUACUGCUGCACCACCGCAAUACGUCGCCAAUGACUACAAUGUCAACAAAGCUGCGCCCUAUACGCUCGCACCCCGACCUUUUUCGACUUUCGAACACGAAGUCGACCCUCAGACAGAAAAGGUUGGAACAGUUGGGUCGCACGUAGUCACUGAAUCCUCUCGACCCGGUCAUUUCCGAUCGAGCAGCCAUGGACAGCUCGCCGAUCCAUCACCUCUCGACGAUAGGCAAAGUCCGCUCUCCGACCGCCAAUACCCCCGCGAAAAGCAACAGAAUCCGUUUAUCUAAAAAUCCAUCUACUCUGUCGAUAACCCUUACGUCUGCCACCUGACCUUUCGGCUUGCCUUCUGUGUCUCCCGGUAGACGACAAUGGGUUACUAUCAAACCAAAAAAAACCCGACUUGUGAUGAGCCGUAAUUGCUCAGACCGAACCGUGGAUCCUUUGAAGUUUUUU